UGUGCCAGCAAAUACCUUCUCCAUGACCUUAUCAGCUGACUCAGUCUGUGAAUGAUUCAAAAGCCAAACUCACAGACCACUCUGCCCCCAUCCAACUUCGCAGCUCCUCCCAGACCGACACCUGGCAGCGAGCACGCAGAGGGCUGCCACGGUCUGCCGGUGCUGCGGCUGCACAGCGCCGAACCGGGGAGGCGGCAGUCCGGCACCCCUCCCCCCCGAGUCGAGCCUUUUGCGAGCCCCGAGCUGCGGCUGCUCAGCCGGCAAGCUAGCCGGAGCCCGGUGUGAGACUCUGAUUGGCUCGCAGACCAGGGAGCCGCUAGAGGGGGAUUGGCUGGGGAGCUGCCUUUGUUCCCUUUCUACUCCCUCCACGGCAGCCACUGCCGCAGGGCAGCGGAAGUUUGAGUGCAAGAGCUACGCUGGCUGCAGCGGCUGGCUGGGUGCAAGCAGGCGUGAGGCUAGCGCAGCCCCCACCACAUCCGCGUGCCGCUGGUGAGCGUCUCCCUGCUCUGACCCUUCGCUCGCCCAGCCUUGCUCCUAGCGGAGAGAGACAAUGGACUUGGAGAGCAAAGUGAAAAAGAUGGGGUUAGGUCAUGAACAAGGAUUUGGUGCACCAUGCUUAAAAUGCAAGGAUAAAUGUGAAGGAUUUGAACUACACUUCUGGAGAAAAAUAUGUCGAAACUGCAAAUGUGGCCAGGAAGAACAUGAUGUCCUCACAAGCAACGAGGAAGAUCGUAAAGUGGGGAAGCUCUUUGAAGACACAAAAUACACAACCCUUAUUGCAAAGCUGAAAACUGAUGGAAUUCCCAUGUAUAAACGCAACGUAAUGAUACUGACUAAUCCAGUGUCUGCCAAGAAGAAUAUAUCCAUCAAUACUGUGACAUAUGAAUGGGCUCCUCCUGUUCAGAAUCAGACACUGGCUAGACAGUAUAUGCAGAUGCUUCCAAAAGAGAAACAGCCUGUGGCUGGCUCAGAAGGUGCUCAGUACAGGAAGAAACAGUUGGCUAAGCAGCUGCCUGCUCAUGAUCAGGAUCCUUCGAAAUGCCAUGAGUUAUCUCCUAAUGAGGUGAAGCAGAUGGAACAGUUUGUGAAGAAAUACAAGAAUGAGGCACUUGGUGUGGGAGAUGUCAAGUUCCCUAGUGAGGUGGAAGCUAAAGCUACUGACAAGAAUAAUGCUAAUGGUGACAGAAGCACCUCAGCACCUGUAGGAGCAAUGGAGGACAAGUCAUCAGGUCAAAAAGGAUCCCAGUAUUCCUGCUACCGCUGCAAAUUAAACAUGAAAGAAGGUGAUCCAGCUGUUUAUGCUGAGCGUGCUGGAUAUGACAAACUAUGGCACCCCGCUUGCUUUGUCUGCUGCACCUGUAAUGAACUUCUGGUGGACAUGAUCUACUUCUGGAAGAAUGGAAACCUAUAUUGUGGAAGACACUACUGUGACAGUGAGAAACCCCGAUGUGCUGGAUGUGAUGAGCUGAUAUUCAGCAAUGAAUAUACCCAGGCAGAGGGUCAAAACUGGCACCUGAAACACUUUUGCUGCUUUGAUUGUGACUGCGUCUUGGCUGGGGAAAUCUAUGUCAUGGUAAAUGACAAGCCUGUCUGCAAACCAUGCUACGUGAAGAACCAUGCUGUGGUCUGCCAAGGCUGCCAUAAUGCUAUUGAUCCAGAAGUUCAGCGUGUAACCUACAACAACUUCAACUGGCAUGCCACAACAGAGUGCUUCCUGUGUUCCUGUUGUAGCAAGAGUCUAAUUGGCCAGAAAUUCAUGCCAAUAGAAGGAAUGGUCUUCUGCUCAGUAGAAUGUAAGAAAAAAAUGAUGUCUUAAGAGUGGUAUGUGUACAUGAAAUGAAGUAUCACCAUGUUUCAAAGUCAUUGCAUUUCUACUGUAAAAUGUAAUAUCUGGGCAUUUAAAAAUUGGCCUAUUCCCAAAGACUCUGAAUGAAUAACCAAGAAACUUGCUCUGUAACUUGCUUUCUUUAACUAUAAGUAAUACUUUGUGAAAGUUUCAUAUUUCUCUAUUCUUUAUGGUAUUGCUUUUGAGCACUUAAUGCUAACUUUUUCAUAUCCCAGAUAUGUAGAAAAAUGUGAUGUGAGCUACAUACCUUAACAGCUGUCUUCACCAAGAAGACUUUCCUCCUCUCGUACAAUGUAGGAUAGAAAACAAGCUUAGAACUAACAGAUCAUAUUUCCUGGGUGUGGCUGUCUUUGUGAAUGAUACAUACAGGUUUCUCGCUUCAGUUAGGGCAGUAAAUUAACAGUUUUAAAAGCAUUCCUGCUUUCAUCAAGCACUUGGCUAAAGCCACACAUUUUGUCUAAAACAAAAAUGCACCCAGAUUUAUAGAACUCAAUAAAAGUGGAAUGCAAUGUGUCACUUAAUCUUCUUAAUUUACUUUCCCUGAAAACAACUUAACUUUUUAGUAGGUGUACAUGAAAAUUAAACAAAACUGUUGUCAAGCUGGAAUAUAUGAGUGAGGCUUCAUUCUGCUAGUUCAAAAAGAUUAGGCCAGUCUGAUUAUUGGAGGAGGAGAAAGGAUAUGCCCAAAAAGAAUUUUAAACUGGCUUUUCCGGUAUUUAUGAAUGCCCUCUUCCAAACUUGUGCAGUUUAUCAAGGGGCAUGGCACAGAAUGACACCUCUAUUUCAUUCUGAGAAUCUGGCAUUUUACAAAAGGUGAAGGACUUUACAUUUUAAGUGAUCUGAAUUUUUAUCCAGAAGUUAAUGGGAUAUGUUGUAAAUUCUGAGCAGAAGCAGAAACAAAAUGGAUAGUUCUCACAAGACCCUUUCAGUAUUUAUAUUUGAACAAAAACUUUACAGUUGUAUACUAACUUGUCUUACUCUGGAACUCAAAAUGGAUUUAAAUAUUGUGAUUAUUUUGGGGAGAGAUCUGAUUCUGGGGGGAGGGGGACUGAAAUUUAAAUUCGUUUAUUUUCUGAGAAUAACAAUUGUAUGCUGAAAUGUCUUAAUCUGUGUAAUACAGGUGCCAAACAUGAAUGAGAGAGAUGUUGGCUUUGUAAAGAACUAUGCAAAUUUCAAAUUCAGCUCUUUAAGAAUUACACGUCUAUGUAUGUACCUUAAUGCUCACAAAUAAAAAAGCUUUGCUGAA